AUGAGCGGCGGUGGAGACAAAAUCAUCGCCAUGGGAGGUGGAGGAGGAAGUAGCGGCAGUGGAGGACGAACUAGUGGCGGCGGUGGUGGUGGUGGGCCAUGUGGUGCUUGUAAGUUUCUGAGGAGAAAGUGUGUUCCAGGUUGUAUAUUCGAACCGUACUUCGACUCUGAGCAAGGCUCGGCUUGUUUUGCGGCG